AUGCGACAUUCCACCUUUGGAGGAAGGAAUGAGGGAGUGGCCUACACGCAAGUUUCUGCAGGAGGAUAUCAUUCAGUGCUUCUGCGAAGUGAUGGGAGUGCUGUUGCUUGCGGAUUCAAUGACCAUGGGCAAUGCAAAAUUCCACCUUUGGAGAAGGGAGUGUGCUACACGCAAGUUUCUGCAGGACAUGCUCAUUCAGUGCUUCUGCGAAGUGAUGGGAGUGCUGUUGCUUGCGGAACGAACGAUGUUGGACAAUGCGACAUUCAACCUUUGGAGGAGGGUGUGUGCUACACCCAAGUUUCUGCAGGCCAUGUUCAUUCAGUGCUUCUGCAAAGUGAUGGGAGUGGAGUUGCUUUCGGAGAUAAUCGUUUUGGAACAUGCUCGUUUCCAUCCGUUGAAACCACCGGCUGUUGCUACCUUGUUGAUUGUGGCAAAGACUACAUUCUUCAAGUGGGCGUUGCCUUCAAAGAUGAUGCAGCGGUGCUGACAUGCUGUGAUUUGGCCGGGCAGGAGGUAUUGCGUGUGAGGGCAAGUGAGUCUGACCUGGCCUGGGAUACGCACAAACGCAUUGCGAGCGACUUGCAGGUUGGCCUUCCAAAUCUUCGUUUGGUCUUGCCUGACGGACGGUUGUUGGCCUCAAUUUGCAGGACAAAUCCGUUGGCCACCAUUGCGGAUUUGGGUUGA